CUCCCCCUUUGCUCAAACUUCUUGAAACAUCAACCUUCUACAACUAAUGUUGCACAGGUAAUGCAGGUUAAUCACUACUGAUCUACUUCACGUUUUUCAUGAACUCGGACAAUAGUAAGUCCACCGUCUUCAUCUCUGUUGACCAAAACAUUGCAACCUUUCUCAAGCGGUUCUCGCCUCCUCAGACCUGUUAAGGUUAUCAUAAUCUACACCUCUGGUAACAAUUUACUGGCGCUAUUUAGCAUCGCAUGUUCAAUGUCUCGCUCUCAUAACAAAGCUUUCAGCCAUCAACUUCGAUCCCAGAAAAACUCGGCAGCUGCCGAGUCUUCUGAAUCUGAGGAGAACAUUGAACUAGAACCGAAGAGACGCGGCAGACCUCCAGGAACUGAGCAAGCACCUGUCGCUACAAAGGCAAUCCCAGCCCCAUCCACAUCAAAACAUGCUCCUGGAAACCCCCUUGACCGUGAGAAUAUCAAGAACCCUGCACAAAAGAUUCCUGGAACACCUCCCAUCAGAGAUGCGAGAGUCCCUUGUAAUGGAGCUCCAAUUCCUCGUCAAAUACAAGUUCAGGUUCCACAGAAUAGUGGUCAAUCACAUCGAGAAAGCAUUCGGCCUCAGGUCAACAUGAAAAAGAAAAAGGUUCUACCCUUUUGGUCAAAACCUGGCGCUGAAUUCGUCCAGCUGUGGGUCGGCCCACAAGCCCAAGUGUUCUCCAUUCACCUCGAUCUUAUUAGCCAUUACUCCUCUUACUUCAGAGACGCUUUCAAUCGUCAACAUGGUAUAGAAGGCCAGACCAAAACAAUGCUUCUGAGGGAUGUCGAAGUCUCGGUGUUUGGGCUGUUUAACCAGUGGCUGUACACGAAACAAAUUGACGGCGAAGGAACGGAUCCUGACCUGAUGGACGUCGCCAAACUUUGGUCCUACGGCAGUGUUUGGAAAGUCUGGCAACUUCAGAAUGAAGCUAUGAGAGUCUUGAUUCCUUUGGUCAAUCGUGAAUGCGAAGGCCCACAGGAGGAAAAUGAUACUGUUCUUCAGAAGUUUAUCGAAUAUGCCUACACCACCAGAGAGGAAACUGCAUUGAAGCGGCUGGCGGUUCAUAGGAUGAUGUCAUUCGUAUCUGGUGUUAUCAACGUCAAGAGAUGGAUCGACAACUUUCCUGACGGAAUGCUCGCCGACUUCACAGUCGAAUUGAUGAAGCGUACUGCCAAGCUACCCAAAGACUUUUUCACUACACCAAGAGAGAACCCUAUCUUCAUGGUUGCCGCAAGGAGAGAGAUUGAUUUGACAGAAUGACCUACUGGAGAGGGCUGGAAUGGUAACACUUUGACUGAGGUGAAACGUUGAAGAGGACUCCAAGAUUUGCAACAAGAUCAAUGCGGUGCUGUUAAAUGUUGGAGGUAUGCUUAUACUGCCUUUGUUUCGUUUCUUCACUAACUCCAUCAAGCGUUGCAAAUAUUCAUAUCAGUCAUCGAUUGUUCUUUCCCGUCAGAGCCUUCGGAUAUGAAUGCUGGUUGGAACAGGAACAAAAUGGUGGGUAUUCCGACGUGUUGAUAGCUAAGACAAUCAACAACUUUCUUUAUUUAACACAAGUCACGCUAUGACGAUGAUAACGAACAAAGCGUCCAGUGAUUGAUCAAUGCUCAUAAAUUGGCAAUCAACUGCUUUGAAAAGACCUAGGGCGGGGUAUUGUUGUGGGCAAGAACUCCUACCUUGAUUAGAGCGUAUGGAUGACACUGACAGUGGGAGCUUCAAUUCUUCUCCAAAUGAAAAUUGUUGCGCUAUUUCAAUCACCUUAUCGUCUCUAUGAGCUGAAUCAAAUCGCCUCCUACCUCCUAUAUUCAGGUCAUGGGGAGCACUAGAGAGGCUUCCAUGUCACUCGAUAACUGCCGAGUAAUGAUGAAGAAAACAUGAUGUCAUCGAGAUCAAACAAGAAAUUCCCCAGCGUUUCUACUCUAUAG